AUUUAUAGACACACGACGACUUCUCCGACAUACAACGUGAAUAGUAUGUUGAAUUUAUUAAUCUUUGCUCUCGUCGCGGCUUCUAACAUAGUUUACUGUUUAAAUUCUGAAACGACGACACGUGUGAUGGACAAAACUUAUACAGUUCAGAUGCAAGGCGUUAAAACUAAGUGCAUAUACUGUAAAAUUACAAAAAUAGUGGCAUUGAAACCGUUUAAGUGUCAUAACGAUUUUUUGUGGCGUUGUUUGGAUGACUUAAAGCAGUGGAAAAGGCGAAGAAGGAGCUCUGACCACUUCGAAAUUCAACUGAAUGAUGAGAGCAGUAAACUGAAAGUGACAGAUGGUGUUGUCAACGACUUCGCCUCUUAUCAGAAUAGUGUAGAUAUUGUAGAGACGACAACACUCAGUGUUUCGGAAAAUAAGUUAGCUUUAGUCGCGAAGUUCAUUGAGCGGUGGCCGGUGGACAGGUGGCGCUCAUUAGGCUUGUUUACGGAUGACUACCUGCUGCGAAUCAACAGCCACUGGCUGCAGUUCCCUCCUCCAGACUCGUGGAUCCAGUACACUUUUGGCAGCACUUACGUCCUGCUGGCGGGAAUCGGAGCUUUCGGCAACGUGCUCGUUCUGCUCAUGUACAUGAGAUGCCGUAGUCUACGUACUCCCGGCAACAUCCUCGUGGCGAACCUGGCCCUCAGCGAUUUCCUGAUGCUCGCUAAAACACCGAUUUUCAUUUUCAAUUCGUUUAAUCUCGGCCCUGCAUUGGGGAAAACAGGCUGUUUGAUUUACGGGUUUGUUGGAGGUUUGACUGGCACCACAUCGAUUGCCACGCUAUCAGCCAUCGCCCUGGACCGCUAUUGGGCCGUGGUACGGCCGCUGGAGCCGCUCCGAGCGCUGACGGCGAUACGAGCUCGACUGUUAGCCAUCGGGGCGUGGUUGUACGCCUGUGUCUUCGCCAUCAUCCCUGCCCUGGACAUCGGUUACGGCAGAUAUGUUCCAGAAGGCUAUUUGACUAGUUGUAGUUUUGAUUACCUCACUGAAGACGUCUCACCUCGAUGUUUCAUCUUCGUGUUCUUCUGUGCAGCGUGGCUAGCACCAUUCUGCACCAUCACUUUUUGUUACAUUAGCAUAUUUCGAGUAGUAGCUUGUAAUACCAGUAUGUCUUAUGGCAACCAAGAUCAAAGGCUAUCAUCAAGACAUGUGAAGGAGCGUACUAAACGCAAGGCAGAAAUAAAGUUAGCCUUUCUAGUCAUGGCAAUCAUAGCUCUAUUUUUUAUAUCAUGGACGCCGUAUGCAGUUGUGGCUCUUUUGGGAAUAUUUGGGAAAAAGGACCUGUUAACACCAAUUACUUCAAUGGUACCCGCCUUAUUCUGCAAGACAGCAGCAUGUAUAAAUCCAUUUAUUUACAUUAUAACACAUCCAAAAUUCCGUAAAGAAUUUAAGAAAAUGUUAUACAGGGACAAGUCGAGACGCAUGAGUGGAACUCUUAAAACUAUUGGUUAUACUGAUACGACUAGAGUGCAUAGACCAAGUAAAGAUUUGAGCGAUACUGAAGUUGAAAUAGUUGAAAUGAAAGAUAUACCAUAUCAAAAUGACGAAAAACAUGAUGGCAAAGUAAAAACUAUAUCUUCUAAUGUAGCGCAGCGCCAGGACUCCCAGAGAAGUAUGAGUAUCAAGAGCUUAGAAGACACCGUUGUCAGUCCACCUUCUUGGUACACGAAGCCUCAGUUUACCAAAAAGAAAAGUUUUCAUAGACGUUCCACACGCACCAAUUUAUCACAAAGCAGUGAUCAAAUCAUAUAAAAAUAUUACAUUUAACAAAAUAUAAAUAGGAGCUAGCUGUGAUCCUUUCACAUUCUGGAAUUUGAUUCCUGAAUUUAGAAGUAUUGAGACAGAAUUGACAACAUAUUUGAAUAUGUAUGUUGAACUAAUUCAUGCAAGAAGCUUGUCAAGGAAAAAUAAUUCAAAUGACUUGAAUAAAAUUAGAUAAAUGUUGUUAGAAUAGCCCUGUUCGCGGCAAACUAUAGAGAUCCUUUAACGAAAGGGCAUUAGAAAGAAUCUAUCUAUAGAUAGGUAACUGUACCAGUAGAUAUUUGUCCUAUCUACGAGUAUUUAUUGAAUUAAUGUAGGUGCCCACCAACUUUAAGUUUGUUACAAAACCUUGUUAAAAUUUAUUAGCGUUGAUGCCAGUUCCAAAUCUCACUCGAUGUACCUAUUUAGAUAUUAGUAAGUAUAGAAAUUUGAAAUUCUAUUUUAAAUAUCCAUGAUGAAUGUUAUUAAUAAAAAGAUCUUCUAA